CUAUAGAAACUUCUCUCCUGUCUGUCUCUUUUCUAUCUCAAAUGCAAUUAAUACAAGCAUAUGCAUAACAUCUUCUCUAACGCAAAAAUGCACGCUAGCUAUAUUGUAUACCUCAUCACACUCACCAUCUUCGCCGCCUCCUUCGUUGCCGGAGAGAGAUUCAAAGAGGCUCCAGAGUUCUUCAACUCACCGGACUGCCCCACCAUCCAAACCGACGACGGUUUCGUAUGUUCAGACAAAGCCGUUCACGUGGCAAUGACCUUAGACACGGCUUACCUCCGUGGCUCGAUGGCCGUGAUCCUCUCCGUCCUCCAACACUCUUCUUGUCCCCAAAACAUUGUUUUCCACUUCGUCACUUCAAAACAAACCCACCGACUCCAAAACUACGUCGUUUCUUCUUUCCCAUACUUGAAAUUUAAGAUCUACCCUUACGACGUAGCCGCCAUCUCUGGCCUCAUCUCCACCUCCAUCAGAUCAGCGCUCGACUCUCCGCUAAACUACGCGAGAAACUACCUCGCCGACAUCCUCCCCACGUGCCUCUCACGUGUCGUGUACCUAGACUCAGAUCUCAUACUCGUCGACGACGUCUCCAAGCUCUUCACCACUCACAUCCCCGGCGACGUCGUCUUAGCCGCUCCUGAGUAUUGCAACGCGAACUUCACCACGUACUUCACGCCGACUUUCUGGUCAAACCCUUCUCUCUCCAUCACACUCUCUCUCAACCGUCGGCAUUCACCGUGCUACUUCAACACUGGAGUGAUGGUCAUCGAGUUAAAGAAGUGGAGAGAAGGAGAUUACACGAGGAAGAUCAUUGAGUGGAUGGAGUUGCAGAAACGGAUCAGAAUCUACGAGUUGGGAUCUUUACCGCCGUUUUUACUUGUCUUCGCCGGAAAUAUAGCUCCGGUAGAUCACCGGUGGAACCAACACGGUCUAGGAGGAGACAACUUCAGAGGACUGUGCCGGGACUUGCAUCCAGGUCCAGUGAGUUUGUUGCAUUGGAGUGGGAAAGGGAAGCCUUGGGUAAGGUUGGACGGUGGUAGGCCUUGUCCGCUCGAUGCGCUUUGGGCUCCUUAUGAUUUGUUAGAGCCACGGUUCGAUCAUCUCAUCGAGAGUUAGAUUAAUUAGAGUCUUCUUUCUUUUCUAAAAAUACAUAUUUUGACUGGAUGUGAAGAGGAAUACUCAUACACUUGAAUACAAUAAUAGGACGGAUAUGUAAUUAGUUUGGUGGUAACUGGUAACUUACUGCCUGCUUCUAGCAUAAUACUUUCGAUGCCUAUACCGUAAUAGUAGUUAACUGUGAAUAUAUCUACCGAAUGUACUACGGCGAGCCCAAUAAAGAUGCAAUAAUAAAUAAUAAAUAUGAUAGCUUUUCUGCUUAUGAAUUUUCAAUACA